GGUCCAGUUGUCACAGUCAUCGUUUGCAUUCGCAGAGAAUGCUCCAUUUUGGUCGCCAUGUUACACGCAAAAACAUAUCGUGUCGCUCAAUAAAUUUGAGACGUGCUCAUUAUCUAACCAAAGACCUAGUGGGCGAAUUGCACCAACGGGAGCUAGUCGCUGACAUUACCAGACCAGGUGAACUUACCAAAGCUCUGGAAGCACAACAAACUGUCUAUGCUGGCAUUGAUCCAACUGCACAAGCGCUACAUGUCGGCCAUCUGUUGCCUCUGCUUUGUCUGCUCCAUUUCCAGAUCAGAGGGCACUCCAUAAUUACGCUUGUUAGAUAGGCGGUGCAACUGGACUUGUUGGCGACCCGUCGGGGCGGACCGCAGAGCGACCGUUGGCGCAACAGGCCAAGGUGGAGCU